UAAAGGGAGAAAGAGGACAGGGAAAUCUGGAAUCUGGUUUAUGAAGAAGCAUUUUUAAUUCACAAUAAAAGCCACAGUAGCAGGCAGACUGCCAAGGUCAGAAAGGAUUAAUUGCAGCAUUCUUCUGUUUUCCACAAACUGGGUCCAGGUCCUACCAGCUGGGUUUCAGAGAUGGUCACAAAGUGUUUUAUAACACAUUGACUUCCAUUGGUUUGUGUAUUCAAAACGGGUUAAGAAAAGUUCAGUGACACCUCUUCAGCUUUACCGCCUCUUUCUCCACCCGUUCCUGGUCCAUAUCCAACAAAUUGGAUGACCGUGCACUUCAUUUCUCAAACCGGAGUCCGACACAAAGCCAGCUGGAACUUCAAGAGCAAGGCUACUUCUUAAACCACUUCUCUGUCAAGAUGAAGCCAGAAGGACAAAUGGAGCGUCCAUCACUGAUCUCUGUCAAGGGGGUUCCCAUGAUAAAGUACUUUGCUGACAUCAUGGAGGAGGUUGACAAGUUUCAAGCACAUCCAGGUGACUUGCUGAUCUCAACAUACCCCAAAUGUGGAACUACCUGGAUCAGUGAGGUCAUAGACCUGAUCUACAAAGAAGGCAAUGUGGAGGCCUGCAGAGAGAAGCCCAUCUAUAUGCGAGUCCCUUUCUUGGAGUUUUCUGUUCCUGAUGUAUUGUCAGGCAUUGAACAGCUUAAAAAAGCACCCCGCCCAUGUCUAAUUAAAACCCAUCUUCCUGUCCAAUUGCUUCCCAAAUCAUUCUGGGAAAAGAACUGCAAGAUGAUCUACGUGGCCAGAAAUGCCAAAGAUGUGGCUGUCUCCUAUUACUUCUUCCAUCAAAUGGCAGUAGUUCAUCCUGAUCCUGGAACAUGGGAGGAAUUUCUGGAGAAAUUUAUGGCUGGAGAUAUUUCUUUUGGAUCCUGGUAUGACCAUGUCAAAGGUUGGUGGGACAAGAGAAAAGAACAAAGGAUGCUGUACCUCUUCUAUGAAGACCUGAAAGAGGAUCCGCGACGGGAGAUCCGUAAAGUAUUGGAGUUCCUGGAGAGGCCCAUCGAUGAACAACUGGUGGAAAAGAUUGCACAUCUUACGUCCUUCAAAGAGAUGAGCCAGAAUCCCAUGGCCAAUUAUACAAGCAUCCCCAAGAAGGUGAUGGACCACUCCAUCUCCCCUUUUAUGAGGAAAGGAAUCACUGGUGACUGGAAGAACUAUUUCACAAUGGCUCAAAAUGAACGCUUUGAUGCUGAUUAUAAGAGGCAAAUGGAAGGAUCAACACUGUAUUUCCGGACAGAGAUUUGAUUGCUCUCACUUGCACUUUCUUCUUUAGGGCCCCCUUUCAGAUUUUUUGUGUAGUGAAAAGAUGCCAUAGGUGCUAUUAGAUGCUGCUGUGCAUACUCAUGAAUAAGCCAACCUCAUGUAUAUGUUGAAAGAAAAAUUAUGAAUUUUGUCAUGAUCCAUGGAUACACAGAAAAUGGACCAGAAACCAUGUUCCCAUACAGGCAUCCAAAAAGCCAGAAAUGAUGCCAUAGCAAAGAAAAUAGAAGGAGUUUGUGUUUUGUUUAGGUUCUUCCAGGCCAGACUAAUCUUGCAUCUUUUACCACUAUUCAGAAAAGGGAAUGGUUCCUUUUUAAAAUAAGAGUUAAGGUACAGACUUGCAUUGACCCAUGGAUCCACUGACCCAGUUUUUUGGGGGUCUAGACUUAUACAUGAAUAUAUGCAAUGCAUAAUGGGCAUUCUAUGGGACACACAGGACCCUUUUAAAAGAUCAUAGCCUAUGAGUCACAUAAUUCCCACUUUUGCUGGAGAAGGUACAAAAAUUAAGAUGAAAUCAAGAUAUUUUACUAUCUCCUUCAGGAUGAAUUUGGGAAAAUUUACAAAAGUCAAAGAGCCAUCCUCUCACAAAGCUUUCAAACCACCCAGGUCUGAGCUCAAUUUUUGUUCACUUCCUAGACUGCUCACAUCUUGUUACCUGUUUGCUUCCUCACUUUGGCAACAGAUAGAUGAAGGAAAGAAUUCACAGUAUGUGAAUGUUGCGAUACUGAAUGAUGAUAUGUUAGCUCUUUAUUCCAUUUUUUUGGAGUACAGCACUUUUUUCUUGGAGAUGCUAUUUGAAAUGAAAUAUGACCAAUAAAAAUAUAAUUUUAA